AUGUUAAUAUUAUCAUUUUUUUUUUCAAAAUUAAAAUUCUUUAAACUUUCAAAAUUUUCAGCAAAGUGAUGGGAUGUUGCAUUGAUAAGGAUCAAGCAAGAGAUAGCGAGAGGCAUCGAGCUCAAGAAAAUGUGCCACAAACUCGAGACAACAUCAGGAAGACUUGUAUGUGUAAAAAUUCCGCCGGACCACAAGUAACGUGUGCUCGCUGUGGCAAAACGUUUCCAAAAAACGAAGAGUAUUGUUCGCACUGUGGCAAGCCAAACUCUUCUUACGGUCCACAAGCUGCUGGUACAAGUGUGGACAUACGAAAAUGUGGCGCAUGAAAACAUUGUUGAAACUGCGAGCCAACCAAAUCUCACAGAAUAAUACUUUGAAUAACAAUUGCGCCUGAGGGUAUGCUAAUGCAGCACACAUUCGGUUACUCACCGAUGAUUUGGGUAUAUAAAACUAACUUGAAUGCUUACAUGACUGCAAUUUUGAAUAAUCCGGUAAAAUUAUUGUAAACUGUUCGCCAUGCACUACAUUAAACUCAAACCCAAAAUUAUCAAUUCACUCGAAGAAGUGCUGUCAAAAUAUUUUACAUAUUUUUUGAAAGUAAUUAUUGAAAAUUUGAAACGUGUGUGUCUCGUCAAAAUUAAUGUUUUAAAUAAAAAAUACAAUUAUUUGUACUACACACCAUCCGCCACCGAUCGGCGCAGGUAGCCCACAAUUCGUGUCAUGAUCAACUCCGAUGGGCAGCGGAGAAAGUCGACCUCGCUGCAGAGCGGCCUGUGCCAAAACCAGCUGUUGCAACAGCAGAAGACGUCAUCAUAGCAGGCGAAGACAGAAAAAUAAUGAUCCUUGCUACUAUUGCUAUCCAGAGUGUUGUCCCACUUAUCCAGAAUUUACGCUCUCUACCAGCGGCAUUUGCUACGUACAGUGCGACUUUUGCUGCCAAAUCUAUCCCUGCUGCUGUGCGCAAUGCCCCAAUUGUGGUUGUGCGAGAGUUAAGUGCAAGUCCAAAGAGGUCGAAAUUCCGCCGAUAGCGUUUUGUCCCUGCUGUCGCCAGGAGGCGCCAAAGGCCAACGGACUACAACAUCUUUAUACACCCAAUCCCUGUUGCGCGUGUCAAUGCGCAAGCGGAGACCAGGAACAAAUCGCCAAAUGCUUAUUGCGCUCGUAUAAACUGCCGCGUGGCAGGGGCCGAAAAUGUUGUCAGUGCAAGCAACGAAAAAGGGAAAAAAGGGGCAAACAAAACAGAGAUCGAAGUAAGAGCGAGAGUAAGAGCUAUCAUUACCCGGCUGAACAAAAAGGCAGUCUCUCCGCUGGUAAACCCGGCACAAGUGCCGCCCGCGGCUCACCGCCACAGCGCGCAGAUAAUUGUUGUUGCGAGCGCAGUAAAGCAUCGGUGCCUCCAAGUGCAGCAACUCUGAAUGCUAAUGCUACACGAACGCAACAAAAACAAAGCGAAUGUGCUCCUGCGCCGUCUAGUAAAGUCGAAAGUCAACGAAGUGUUGAGACUGCUCCUCAUAGUGGUAAAGCACAAAAGAAACCUCGCACUGCAAAUAAUCCAUCUCUGUUGUGUUGCCCUUGUGGUCGUGAAGUCGAAAUCCGAAAUAUAACUUACGAACUGCCUGUUUGUCGGGCCGAUGAUGGGUGCGGCCAGCAGUAGGCGCACAAAACUUUCACAAAAUAUAUAUGUAUUUGGUGCUUUGAAGACACUCCUAAUAUGUAAAG